UGAACUUCCUGCCGUGGACCGGCCGCCCUUGCGCCCCGGACCGCGUUCCCGCCCUGCGCCGGCCAGAAUCACAGCUUGUGGGGCGGGUGGCGCUGGAGGAAGCUGCGGGGGGAGGAACGAGCACCCGGGACGUGCCUAAGGCUCCGGGCACCGCGCCUUUGCUUCGGCCACGUCCGGCCGGCGGCCUCUACACUUUUCUGGCCGGACUACCUUCACCCCGGCCCCAGUCCAGUGGCUACUGCUUUGUGGAUUUCCGAGUUUGCUUAAAGAGGAUGUGAUUUUUCUUUUCUUUCUUGCCUUCUUUUGAAAAGAACUCUGCAGAGAAGUCUGGAGACAGCAAAACGCCACCAGCUGCCCCUACCAGGACACCCCCGAGGAAAGGGAGUUGGAAACAAACUUGGCCCAGCUGGCCUUGAGGCCUCAACAUCGGCUGGACUCCAGACCCUGGGGUCAUGACCCCCACACUGGGCAGGUGGAAGGCCUUACCUGUACUGGGCUGGACUUGAGUGUCCCUCCAUCUUUGGCCGAUAUCUCUCCCCUAGCCGCCCCCGCACUCUCACCCAGCACCCAGGCUAGGCCCAGACACCUGUCAACAACAUGGAUAAAUAUGAUGACCUGGGCCUGGAGGCCAGUAAAUUCAUCGAGGACCUGAACAUGUAUGAGGCCUCCAAGGAUGGGCUCUUUCGAGUGGACAAGGGUACAGGCAACAACCCUGAGUUUGAGGAAACACGCAGGGUGUUUGCCACCAAGAUGGCCAAAAUCCACCUCCAGCAGCAGCAACAGCUCCUGCAGGAGGAGACCCUGCCUAGGGGGAGCAGAGGCCCUGUCAAUUGUGGGGGCCGCCUGGGCCCACAGGUCCCCCGGGAAGCUGGUGUGGGCAGCAAGGCGGCCCUGGAUGGUGCUGCCAAACCUCCUCUUGCUGCCUUAACAGGGGCACCUGGAGUAGCCAGCACCAUCAGCUCUGGGCAGCCCUCAUACCCAGCCCAGGAUCAUAGGGCCAGGCCAUAUGUCUAUGGCACAAGACAUGGCAACCAGGACUGUGGUUCUAGGGAGAGCCCCGCGAGUUCUGAGAUAACUGCUUUGCACCAGCCAGGUCCCUGCGAGGAUCCUUCCUGCCUUACUCAUGGAGAUUAUUAUGACAACCUCUCCAUGCCAAGUCCAAAGUGGAGUGACAAAUCAGGAGUAUCCCCCAGCAUCAGCCUGGUAGGGAGUGGGUGGCCUGGACCCCUGGGGAGUGACCUGCCAAUGCCAAAACCGAGCAGAGACCAUCAUCUGUACCAGCCACAGCUCUCCUUGAGCUCCAGCAGGUCUUUUGAGGGUGGCCUCAGUGGUCAGGAUAGCAGCAUUGGUGGCCACAGCAGUGAGAAGCCAUCAGGCCUUUGGUCCACUGCCUCUUCUCAGCGGGUGAACCCUGGCCUUCCUUCUCCAAGACUGGAGAAUGGGGCCCCAGCCCUGGGGACCGCUCAGCCCAGGAUCCCUCCUAUCUCAGCACCCCUCGCCCUGAGCUGCCCCAGUCAAGGAGCCCUUCCAAGAACAAACUCGGAGCUAGGGAGUGAGGUUUCAGGUGGGAAGUCCAAACCUACUGUGGACCCUCAUCCCUGGUUCCAGGAUGGGCCCAAGACUUACCUUUCCAGUUCAGCUCCAUCAUCCUUGGCAGCCGGCAUGGACAGUUCACAGCUGGGUGCAGUCCCUGGGCUGAUCUCUAAGACUGGCUCUACAGACCUUGGCACGGGUCCUAAGCUCAGCCCCACCAGCCUUGUCCAUCCAGUGAUGUCCACCCCGCCUGAGUUACCUUGUAAAGAGGGUCCUUCAGGCUGGUCCUCUGAUGGUAGCCUGGGACCUGUGCUCCUGGAGAGCCCUAGCUCUCCCAGGGUGAGGCUGCCCUGCCAGACCCUUGUCCCAGGUCCUGAGCUCAGACCCUCAGCUGCCGAAUUGAAACUAGAAGCCCUCACUCAACGUCUGGAGCGAGAAAUGGAUGCUCACCCAAAGGCCGAUUACUUUGGAGCCUGUGUGAAGUGCAGCAAAGGGGUGUUUGGGGCCAGCCAGGCCUGCCAGGCCAUGGGGAACCUCUACCAUGACGCGUGCUUCACCUGUGCAGCCUGCAGCCGGAAGCUGAGAGGAAAAGCCUUUUAUUUUGUCAAUGGCAAAGUGUUUUGUGAGGAAGACUUCCUGUACUCUGGUUUCCAGCAGUCUGCCGACAGGUGUUUUCUUUGUGGACAUCUGAUUAUGGACAUGAUCCUGCAGGCCUUAGGGAAGUCCUACCACCCUGGCUGUUUCCGCUGUGUCAUCUGUAACGAGUGUUUGGAUGGGGUGCCCUUCACCGUGGACUCAGAGAACAAGAUCUACUGUGUCCGAGACUACCACAAGGUGUUGGCCCCCAAGUGUGCAGCCUGUGGGCUUCCCAUCCUUCCACCAGAGGGCUCAGACGAGACCAUCCGCGUUGUGUCCAUGGACAGAGACUACCACGUGGAGUGUUACCACUGUGAGGACUGUGGCCUAGAGCUCAAUGAUGAGGACGGUCACCGCUGCUACCCACUGGAGGACCACCUGUUCUGUCACUCCUGCCACAUCAAGAGACUGGAGAAAGGUCCCUCAUCUGCAGCCUUUCACCAGCACCACUUCUAGCACCUUUCACCAGAGCCACUUGCAGACCUCAUGGCGGGGAACGAGGAGCCAGGACUGCACCUAUUACUUCCAGUGGCCCCUGGUGGAAGAAUUGGGGUAGAGGAAGAGGAGGGUUUGGUGGGUGAGGUCCUAGGUGUAUUUAUGUGGGGUGCCUUUGCUUUAACCAGGGAGGUAGACAUUACCUGCCUGGUGUGUAUAUAUUCGAAGUGCUUUUAUUCAUUACCGUACCUUCCUCAGUUACUUGGGAAGAUGCUCCAGCAUGUGACACGAGGUCACAUCAGUGCAACUGAAGGAACUCUCCUGUCCCCGCUAGGAACAUUCAUGCUUCAGAGGGAGAGGUUUGCAUUGAACUUGUUUUACAAUAUCCCCUGGAGAGACAGCUCAGCUGCCGAUACAUUUAACCUUUUCCGCUCCUUCAGGAAAGUACCUGUAACCCAAACACCCUUCUCCUCCAGGAAAAUACCUGUAACCCAAACACCCCCCUCCUCCAGGAAAAUACCUGUAACCCAAACACCUUCCUCCUCCAGGAAAAUAUCUGUAACCCAAACACCCCCCUCCUCCAGGGAAAUACCUGUAACCCAAACACCCCCCUCCUUAUCAUAUACACACAUGAUAAGCCUUCUUUCCACCCAAGAGCUUCAGGUCUUCUGUAGAAUGGCUGCAAAUUUAUUGCAUUAUGGCAAGAAAGAAGCUCUAACAUGUGCUUUGUAUCCUAAGAAGAAUUUGCCUAGAAAGCCAGAAUGAAGAUUCAAAAGUAGUGAGGCAGGGUUUAUAUACUGACACCAUUCUGCAUGCCCCUGCAAAUCCUCACUGCCCUAAAGGCAGCGGGGCCCGACAGAGAUUUGCCCUGUUUGAGUAAAGCAUGCUUUGGAAGAGGAGCUUGGUGCAGGCACCAGGACUCUUUUUGCCUACCUAUCUACGCUGUUUCUCUGGAGCUCUCAAGAGUCUGUGACUUUGGAGCUGCACAAGACAAGUCUCAGGAACCCAUGUAGGGACAUCUCUUGUGCCUGUUUUAGAUUAUUUAACGAUGGGCUUAUUAGGAGUCCUGCCCACAUACUAAGAGAUAGCUCCUUAUAAACAAGGAGAGUUUUUGUGUGUGUGAGAUCUUUAAGCCAGCAUGGGAGGGAGUGCCUCAGGAUAAGUUAUUAUAUGCAUUGCAUAGGUUUCUCUCUUGCCCAAUUCUUGGCACAAACAUUAUGUUUGAAGAAACCAGCAUAAGGUACACUGCUUUUGUCUUUUUGGAUUUUUAUUUUUUUCUUUCAUAUUUGUUUCCCUCCACUUUCAGUCUUCCACACACCAAAAAUACCUCACAGGUAGAGCUUCACCAAAUCACAGAUUAAGGAGGAAUUCAACUAUCACACUGGACUCAGAUACCUUCUUUGGUGUGUUACAAAUUGCUGGCUUCACACAGGCCAGACUCCAGCUGGUCAGAGCAGUGUGCCCUUAACUGUUGCCUUAUUCAUUUCAGUAUGCCCCUCCCUGGGAGGGAGGGGCUAAGGGACGCCCCACACUGGCCAGGUUACAAGACUACCUGUGCACUGAAGAGCCAAAAUUUGCCCUGUAAGUCACACUCCUGAGGCUGACGUCAAUACCCUUAGUAUUUGAAUCAAAAGAAUCUGCACAAAGACAGACUGGCUGCCAUUUGCUCUCUCAGCCUUAUGGGGAGGGCCUUAUGGCCUUGUCACAGGACGUCAAGGCCAUCCCAACACUGCCAGCCAGGCUGGGGACAUGGCAGCCAUUAUGUGCACUCUGCCGCCUCACCUUACACUCAGAGUGAAGAACUGGGCCCAGGGGCUACAAAGGGCAGCCAGCAGAGCCCUUGUCCCUAGACCUGGCUCUGCUCUAAGCCACGUCUCGACAUAUCUGGUAGUCAUUGCCUGUAAGAAGCACAGAAUUGGGCCACGGAUCAUCUUUUACAUUUCUAUGAAAUUCAUUUUAUUGGGAUCCUUUGGCUAGAUGUCACUUUGGCCAGGGUGUGCGCCUUCAUUGGUUCCCUUGAACACGGGCUGGGGAAGUGAAACCUGAGGUUGGGCCCCUCUCCUCUAGUCCAGUCACCUAGCACAGCGUUGGCAAGGCUUGGGGGUAAACACAGCCAGCCACUAUGUCUCCACCUGUCUCUGCCAACCAAGUAACACUGACCUUGCCCACACACCUUUGCUCCACUUUUAGGUCAGGCAGAGGGAAGCACAUUACCUUGGAACCACUAGCAGAAAUAGCAGGGAUUUGUUUGCAAAUUGAGUAGUUAAAAAAAAAAAAACCUGUGAUUCUUUUAAAUGAGAUUUUUUAAAAUGGCCUUGAUUGAAGUGAUUCAGAUUUGUUUGCAAAUACGGCAUUUUAUAUUGCUGAAGAAUGAUAAGGGGAUUUUCAGACAUCCUGCAAAUCCUGGCCCAGACCUCUGAGGUGGACCAUUUCCUUGGAGAGGGCACCAGGUAGGAAUCAUGAAUCAAUUUACUUUCCACCUCAGGCCCUUUCACAAAAGCCAUGUUCACCUACCUGGUAUUUUAAGUGGUCUAUAAAUUAUUAGCCCAAUAGAACUAUAAUGGGGUUGUGUUUUUGGAUACCUAGAAAGAAAACAUAAGGACUUGGUAGACUAGGAUGAAUAUAUGUAUUUUAAAAGUUAGAGCAAAUAGGUCUUCCUGAGUUUUCUGGACAAUUCGUGGACAUUAGCUAAAACACAGAGGAUUGUAGGCUGAUUCCAGACCCCAAGCCAGCCUCCAUCUUUCUCCCUUGCCUCAUUUAGGUGUUUUUUGUUGUUUGCUAUCUCCUAUAUUAUUGUUUGCUUUUUUCCCCUUCCUGUAGCGUGGGACAUUCUAAAAACUGCCUGGGUGGUCUGAGAAAAGCAAUGACCCAGUUUGGUCUGCUGUCAAUAGAGAUUCUUCCUCUCACAGAUCUUACUCUCCCAUUUGCCAGAGGUAAAGAGUGAUUUAUUCGUCUCUCACCACAGGAGGGUAUUUAGUCCUAACGCGCUGUUGCCUAUGGAGGGCAGCAGGAGGAGACUUCCCAUACGAUUAGUGCUCUGGUGAAAACCUUUCAGCCAAGCCCUCUGAGCUGCUGCUCUAGAGUCCCGGUGACCAACGGAAUAAUCAAGGAGUUCUGAUUGCCCUUGAGCUCCAUCAUUGCCUUAUUUCCGUGGGCUUGAGUCACACUUAUAAAAUGAAAAACAAGAAAUGUUAGGACUUGGGAGAAUUGUUUGGAAUUCACACUUCUUUGCGGUCCUUUUUUUUUGAAACAGCCUCAAGCCGUC